AUGAGUUUUGGAGCUUAUAUGACAGGAAAUAUGAUAAUUUUAGUUGAAAAUAUUCCACCAUUAUCAACAAAUACAACAUCUCAAGGUCAACAUGCGUCAAGUAUUCGAGUAACAAAUUUACCUGAAGAAACUCAAGAACAAGAUUUACGUGAUUUAUUUACUCCAUUUGGUCCUGUUAGUCGAGUAUUUCUAGCAAAAGAUAAAACAAAUAAUACAUCAAAAGGUUUUGCUUUUAUAACAUUUAAUGAAAAGAAAGAUGCACAAAAAGCUAUUGAAUGUGUAUCUGGAUUUGGUUAUGAUCAUUUAAUUCUUAAAGUUGAAUGGGCAAAGUAA